AUGGCAGACCAAGAGAACCAAUCUCAACCUCCCAACCCUAACCAGGAAUCCCAAAACCAGGGUCAGAACCUCUCGGGAGCACCUCAACAACAAGAGCAACCUCAGCAAGCACCAGAGCCAACCCAAAACCAAGACACACAAGAGAAACAAGACCCUCCCCAAUCCCAACCCAACACCGAAACAAAACAAGAACAAGAACAAGAACAAGAACAAGAACAACCAGAAUCCAACCCUGAACCUGAACCUGAACCAGAACCCCAACCCGAACCCGAACAACCCCAACGCCGCAGAAGAAGACCUCGCCCCCAACCACGCUACAGACAAGACUCCGACACAGAUAAUAUCGACCGCAAAAUGGACGCACCCGCCGUAGCAGAGCGGCCCCGUCGCCAACGCCGCUCCCGCCAACAGCAGAACGAUGGACCCCUCCCCGGUCUCGGGGGUGCAAACCAAGCAGGCGACCUGGUGCAAAACACAGCCGGGAAUGCUGUGAAUGGGGCUACGGGGUCUGCGGGUAAGGCUGUUGGGGGUGUGUUGGGUGGUAAUAGUGGUAAGGAGGAGAAGGAAGAAGGGAAGGAUGAACAGUUGCGGUUGAGGUUGGAUUUGAAUUUGGAUAUCGAGGUGCAAUUGAAGGCGAAGAUUCAUGGGGAUUUGACGUUGGGUUUGCUUAACUAA